AUGGCUAUAGACCGGCGGCGCGAGGCGGCGGGCGGCGGGCCCGGGAGGCUGCCGCCCGCGGCCGAGGAGAACGGCGCCCUGCCGCCCGGGGACGCGGCGGCCUCGGCGCCCCUCGGGGGACGCGCGGGCCCCGGCAGCGGCGGUGACAUCCAGCCGCUGCCCGCGCCGCACGCCGCCGGCGGCCCGCACCCGAGCCUCCUGUUGCUGGACUACGACGGGUCGGUGCUGCCCUUCCUCGGGGGCCUGGGCGGCGGCUACCAGAAGACCCUCGUGCUGCUCACCUGGAUCCCCGCGCUGUUCAUCGGCUUCAGCCAGUUCUCGGACUCCUUCCUCCUGGACCAGCCCAACUUCUGGUGCCGCGGGGCCGGCAAGGGCGCCGAGUCGGCGGGGGUCACGGCCACGGGCCGGUGGGGCGGCGGCGACCUGGCCAACGGCACCAGCCCCCCGACCACCCUCUUCCCCACCGCCGCCUGGGGGACAGCGGGCCCCCUCAGCAACGGCAGCGGCGCGGACGGGGGCGAGGCGCCGCCCCUCCCGUCCCCCCCGGACAAGGGGGACAACGCCUCCAACUGCGACUGCCACGCUUGGGACUACGGCAUCCGCACAGGCCUGGUGCAAAACGUGGUCAGCAAGCUUUGAGAUCAGAUCCUGGCCAGCCUCAGCUCAACAUGGACUUGCUCCAGCCCAGGGGUCCCCUCUAGCCGAGGUCCUGCAUCCUGGGAGACGGAACAGGAGUGUCUGCAAGAGAUGCGUGGCCUGCACAAAGACAGAGAAUGGGCACUGCUAGGAAAUUAACACCCAAGACACCUACGUAUUGUCUGGAUUUCUUAACAUGUCAGAGAGGUCAUAUGCCAGUGUGUCAAACAAUUUGUGAUAUUUUGUUCCUUCUGUGUCUUUAAACAACUAAUUUGCAUUUCAAAGUAAAUGUAGACCUUUCUCUCACUUCCAUGCAGUUCUGGGCAGAGUUUGAAAUGCUUUGUUUAAAUGCAAGACUGAAAUUUGAUGGUUUAUAAUAAUCCGUGGGCAUGUAUUCCCCCUUUCCCCGAAACGUGUGUUAGUAAACAAUUGUGCCUCAUGGAUGUGUAAGAUGAAACUCUUACAUCAUCAUAACCAUUGUCUUCAGCUUGUACCAGCCUGGUGAGAAGUGAUCUGGCCUCUGGGAACUGUUGGAUUACCUGUUAAUAGGGAGAGCCUUCUAGCUUGUUCACCUUGAGCCCCCCGCCCCCCAUCAGCCUAUCCUCUGCCAAGGUGUUUCUGUGACUGUUUCCCAUCCAUGGAGGUCAAUAUCUGUCUUUUGUUUACCAGCAGGAAAAAUGAAGAACAUUGAGUAUCUUAACACUGUUUGUAUGUCUGUGAAAGUAAGGGUUUGCAACACUGUCGAAUACUUUGAGCCUCUUUCUACAGAAGGGGAGGAAUAACGGAGAUCAAAGCAGAUGCCUGUACAAGGUGGUCUGUCCCGGGGUGACAGGGGAGGCUAACUUGGAGUUAGGAGGUGGGACAGAGAAUCGUUAGCCUAGCGGUGCUGUGGAUGGUGGGAAGAGACAACUAGAACCGUCCUUGAAAGCAGGCUCUGCGGGCACCUCGGAGAGCUGGACAGGUGUUCCAGGCGAGAGAUCAAGGGGCUCACGCAUGCGCAGCAUGGUUUGGGGCGCCUGUUGUGUCUGCUGUGUGCGGCUGACAGGGCAAUCCAGGAGAUGCAGACUUGCGGACAGUAGGGAGAGAUGCACUUCCCUGUAAGACCAAGACUAAAAAGGACAUAUUGAUUUUCAUGCACAAAUAGGAUCUAAAUAAAGGUCUGUCCUUCCACGGUGUUCCGUUCCAUAACCGAUGCUCUCAAGAGCGUCUUAAGCACAUUCUGGCAGUGCUAACGCCGGCCGUCCCCUCUGUGGGCCGUGCCCCCUGGAUCCUGAAUCAGAUGGACGGAGGCGGAGCGCAUCCUGGGUGGGUGCCGACGCCAGGGGUCGGGGGCCUGUCAGCUUGGCUUACCCAAGGGUAGAGUUGGCAGCUUCUCCUCUCAGCAGGUGGAAGUGCGGGGUCUGAGGAGUGCCCUCUGGUGCCCUCCUCCCCAACGGAGUGCCAAGGUCUUCCCCACUCAAAGAAGCCCUGUGCAAGGUUUCUGUCAUUCGGCUUCCCUCAGCGUGCGUGUGCCCCUCCCUGCCCCGGAGGCCCUGUCCUCUCCCCGGGUGUUAGGUGGGGAGGGGGCUCCUUGUUCUUCCUUUUAUUGUUGUACACAGUGGUGUUGUUGGUCAGUUGCUCAGUCACAUCCGACUCUUUGCAACCCCCUGGACUGCAGCACCCCAGCCUUCCCUGUCCUUCACCAUCUCCUGGAGCUUGUUCAAACUCAAGUCCAUCGAGUU